GCACUUUCUCACAUCUCGCGCGGUGCGGACGUUUGGUACCCGCGAACGUGUGGAAUCCAGCGGUGAUAAAGCAUCAAGAAGGGGUACUUCCGUAGAUUCGUCCGUGCUAUUGUAUUAUGACCGAUCCAGACUACUGUCGUGAGAAGCUCAUGCAAUGGCGGGAGCGAGCAAAAGAACGAGGAAUCAGACUCCAGGACCUCCGGAACAGCCUCGCGCUGAUGCGAGCAGAGAACUCCGCCGUACUAGGAGUCAAGCCAAGACCGAGCAGUCCAUCAAAAGCGAAGACAGAGACGAGUCCCACGACAAGCGGCAGUGCGUUGAGCAGCCAAAGCAGCACAUCGGACGACAAAGAGAACGUCGUCGUGUUGCACGGUUCCACCGACAUUCCGUCCAAGAAACGUCGUCUCAUGCCGUUACUUGCUCCAACUAGACUAGACAAAGGGAAUGGACUUGUGAAGGAGAAUGUCUGUCUCCCAUCCCCCGCGUCGUCGUCGCAAUGCGACACCAACAAUGGGGGGUCUAUGACAAAUAUUGCCCAUGUUGUGAGCGAAGACUUGUCCAAGCGGGUGUUGGCGUUAGAGGCAAAACUGCAAGACGCCAUGUCACAAAACACUAUCCACAUGACACGAGCAGCCCAAUUAGAAGCACAUAACUCUGAUCUGCAAGCAUCCAAUGCUGCCUUGGAAGUCGCGAAUGCCCUUCUAAAAGGUCGAAUGGCCGAUGUUGAAGACCAACGAGCCCGGGUACAAGCGGAGCUUGAAUCACGAACAGCUACUUCAAUGGCGCAGAUAGCGUCGAUAACAGCGACGUUCGAGGCUUCAUUGACGCAGCUUUCGACGUACAAUGCAGCGCGCGACAAUGAGCUAUCCGAAACGAUUCAUGCGAAAUACGAGGCGCGCCUAUCAGACCUGUCAACCAAGCUCUUGAGCACCAAGUCCAAGUACGACGCCAUUCGCGACGACGUGGACUUGGCAUGCAACGAUCGCGCAGGGACAGACAUCAUGCCGCAGGUGGAGGCGUUAGAAGACCAGCUGUAUCACGAUGACGACGACAACAUGCUCGAGGAAGCCCGGAGCUUGACUCUGCCGGCACUCAAGAAACGACUGCGGGAAUACGCUGUGUGGGUCAAGCUCCAUGACGAAGACCGGCAGCUGUUGCAAUUCUCCAACCAAGUCUACUUGCAGCAGAUCAACGAGCUGCAGCAAAAGCACAUCGCGCUGCACAAGGAAGUGUCGGCCGCUCGCCAAAAAGUUGCCGACAUCGUACGACCAAAGAUGAUGCAUGAAGCAAAAGCGGCAACGGAUCGACAAGAACUGGACGAGUGCGAGGAAGCAAACAACACGCUGUUAUCCAAGCUGGAGAAGUCCAUGGAGAAGACCAAGCAGCUCCAAAAACAACUGGCAGCCGCCGUCGCCGCCGCCCCCACGAACGAGGAUCGUUAGAUGGACUCUUGGCUCACGUAACACAGCAUGCAUCCGCUCUUCCAUCCACUGGACCAUGCAAGUCCAUGACGAUGGCUUGACAUGAUGUGGAAGGAAUAGCAGAGUCGAUUCGCACGUGUUCCAUGAAUCAACAAAUUAAAAAAAACACGUUCCGCACAAUUAAAAUAAAUACUGGCCCAUUCUCUUCG